AUGCAAUUUGGUAUUCGGAUGAGCUACACCGUUGAGACUUCAAUGAUGGGUGGCCUAGGUGCGUUUCCUAGAGCUGAAUGUUUGCCAUUUUUAUGCAUACCAUAUGGUGAUUAUCGCAGCGAUAAUUUUGAUGGUGCAUCAACAGGGUCAUUCAGGAACAUGCAGACUCACUAUUCCCAGGACUCAUUUAUCAAUAUGGGGAGGGACUUUCUUCUUGCUUUACAUGUUCUUUGCAUGCUGUAUGUGCAAAAUAAUAUCACUCAUGCGGCAUCUGUCCUUGGAGAUGAAAUUUCGACUGAGAACGCUUUGGUUGGAUCUGGCUUGCCACAUGAGAUGCGCCAGUUAAUUCUGAAUGCUUUGGACCAGCUAUACUCUUUCGGAAGUGGAAAGGAGCUGCCGAAGCAGAAUCUAUUGGUGGAUCCGCCUGCAUCUCUGACACCACUUUCAUCCACAAUAGCCGCUGGUUCUUAUUCCUUGUCGACACGUGCGGAGCGUCGUAGUGCACACUCCACGGGAGGUCAUCUUAGCAGUAUAUCCGCAAACAAACUGAGCCUAACGCUGGGCCCCGUGAUUGAGGAACCGCAGCGUGUCUUCUCGGUCAUAUCCGCUCAGCUUCAUGAAGUAAUGAAUUAUCUGUUUGCUAGGUGUUACCAUGUCGAUGAGGAAGUGUACUCGGACUCAUCGGAUAAGCAAAGUGAAGAUAAUGACAAUACAAGUCCUCCUUCUUUGGUGUUGAAUUCCUCGUCGUGGCCCCCUCAACCACCGCAUAUCUCAAAGGGCAUGGGUUAUGGGGAGUCAUCCGAUAGCGUAGAGAUCACCCUAAGUGAUGGAAGCGUCUCUGUAGAGGCUGUUGAGCGCGAUAUCACCACCGUUUUUUUUGAGGAUGAUGACAAGGAUGAAACCGAUAUGUUGAUUUCAGAGGCAUCGAGUAUUGAAAUGGAAGAUACUGAAAAAGGGGACAAGAACAGAGAGAAUCAGAAUACUGACUAUGAAGGAGAUUUCGAUGUUGGGUUGAAAAAACACUGUUACAUUCCUACGAGCUUAUUCACAUGA